AUGGCGUCUCUAUUCGCCAGCAGCCGUAUCGCUCUCCGCUCCAUCAACAGACACACUCGCUUCAGACACGCCCUAGUGCGAUGGGAGAGUUCAAUUUCGCAGAGACCUGGGUCGGAUACAGUCCGCUUCCCAGGCGCCGUCGACAGCAAAUUCACAUCGGAAAUGGGCUUUUCGAGGCCCUCGUCGCUACCUGCCAUGCCCACGUAUCGAGUGAUGGAUUCCGAUGGCGUUAUUGUGGACACGAAGCAUGAGCCUUCGGAUGUAGCGAUCGAGGAGGUCAUAACGUGGUACAAGAAUAUGUUAACUGUCAAUAUCAUGGAUGUCAUCAUGUUCGAGGCGCAGAGACAGGGUCGUCUGAGUUUUUACAUGGUCUCGGCGGGCGAAGAAGGUAUUGCAGUCGGAUCUGCAUCUGCGCUAAAAGACCAUGACGUCGUGUUCUGUCAGUAUCGCGAAACUGGCGUUUUCCAGCAGCGAGGCUUCACAAUGAAACAGUUCAUGGCUCAGUUGUUUGCGAAUAAGCAUGAUUCGGGACGGGGCAGGAAUAUGCCUGUGCAUUAUGGGCUUGAGUAUCCUCGUAUUUUCACCAUAUCCUCCCCCCUAGCGACACAACUCCCACAAGCAACUGGCGCCGCAUAUGCUAUGAAAAUCCAGGCCCUUCAAAACCCCAACACCCCAGCUGGCGUUGUCGCCUGUUACUUUGGAGAAGGUGCGGCUAGCGAGGGCGAUUUCCACGCCGCAUUGAACAUGGCGGCGACACGCUCCUGCCCGAUUGUGUUCAUUUGCCGAAACAACGGUUUCGCGAUCUCCACGCCCACAUUGGAGCAAUACCGCGGUGACGGAAUCGCCAGUCGAGGCAUUGGUUAUGGUAUCGACACCAUCCGUGUCGACGGAAACGACAUUUUUGCAGUCCGCGAAGCCACUAAGGAAGCGCGGCGCAUGGCUCUUGAAGAUGGCGGGCGACCUAUUCUGAUUGAAGCAAUGAGUUACCGUGUCUCCCACCAUAGUACCAGCGACGACAGUUUUGCGUACCGCGCCCGCGUCGAAGUAGAGGAUUGGAAGCGCCGCGACAACCCCAUUAUUCGUCUACGCAAAUGGCUUGAAAACAAAGGAGCUUGGAGCGAGGAACUGGAGCAACAGACUCGGGCAGAUCUUCGCGCUGCGAUUUUGAAGGAGUUCAAUGCCGCGGAGCGCGAGAAGAAGCCUCCUCUUAAGGAUAUGUUUGUGGAUGUCUAUGAGGAACUGACGGAGGAGCAGGAGGCGCAGCGCGAGGAGUUGCGAAAGCACCUGGAAAAGUAUCCCGGUGAGUACAAUAUUAAUGAUCAUGAGAAUGGUCUCAAGGGGCUGUAA